AUGUCAACGAUGCCUGUUACAUUACGCACUACUGCAACAGUAUUUCUCCUCUGCGGCAUAUGUGCGCUCGAUGUGACUUGGGCGGAGGAGCUCUCUGUUGCACAAAAACAAUAUGUAACAGCAGGUGCUCGGCAACUUGAUGGACAAGGGGCUACGACACUGUGCGAAAUGAAGAAGAUGCUUGACGGCGUGAACUCCAGGGUUGACAUGUUUGAACAGCAGGCGUAUAUGUAUGUCAACAAUGCGAAUGCGAAUUUUCGUAAAAUAUCGGAUGACAAGGGAAUGGAGUUAUCAUUCCCUUCAAAUAAGCUUCGGGAAAUACAGUACAUGAAAUCGCUGGGCAAUGGCAUAAUCAAGUACAUGGGGGGCACAGGAGAGCGGGCUAAGGCAGCGGCGGCAAAUGCAAGUGCAGCUCUCGACCAAGUGCUGACGUGGCAUUGUGUUGACAGGACGGCGAGUCAUGACGUCCUUCCUGGCUACGGUCGAAAUGAGAACUGCUUACCCAACGCGUACAAGCGAGACUACUACUAUGAACAUUCGAGGCUUGAUCCCCAUAAAUACAGCAUUUUAUGCAACUACAAAGUAGUGGACAGCGUCAUUACACAAACGACGUUCUCCAACAUGGAGAGGGCACUCGAAAUAUGGAACCAGGUAAAACCCAAACCGUACUCCGCUCGUGUUAUGAUAUGUGGAGCAGGCGCACCCGCUCACCAAGCAGCUCCCGCUGGACGACCAUGCACAGUGCUGGAGAACUGGCUUUGGAACUACAGAGUAACGGCACAUUUAAUAUCGAAGGUCGAGAAGGAUGCGACCCUAGCUUUAAGGGUUUUUCACUACUCUAAGAAAGUGCUAGAGGGUUACAAAGAGUCUCUUGCACAGCAUGAGGAGAGAAGGAAAGCAGCAGAGGCGCGGGCGGCGGAGGAGGAGGCGAAACGCCAGGCUGCUGAGAAGGCUGCUGAGGAAGCGAGAAAGGCUUUGGAGGAGGCUGAGGCGAGACGAGUGGCCGCUGAGGAACAGGCGGAGGCCAGGCGCUUGGAAGCUGAGAAGGCUGAGAAGGCAAAGGAGGCGGGUCAGCCGGUGAGUGAAGAAAAGAAAAAGAUGUUGCUGGAGGCUGUUGAGGAAGCUGAGGCAACUGAAAAGGCCGCAGAAAAGCAGGCAAAAGAUUCGAGAAAGGCAUUUGAGGAAGCGGAGGAGGAGCGCGUCAAAGCCACCGAAGAUGCAGAGGCUGCAAAAGAGGAAAAGAAGGACGCCGAGGAAUCUGAAGAGAAACUGAAGAAGGAUGUAGAAAAAUUGGCUGAGGAAUUGAAAGAGGAGUCGAAAGAAAGUGGUGAAGGGGACGACGUAAAUGCUGACCAUGAUGAUGAGGGCAGCGAGGCCAAAAGUGGCUGGAUUGGGACAACGAAAGUGUUAAUAUUUUUAAUUCCUUUGCUUUUGCUGUUGCUUGGGUUGCUUGUGUUCUUUGUUAUUAGGGGCCGUAGGAAGGCUGAGGUGAAGGAUGAUAUAAACAUAGGGGAAGCUAAUGCUAAAAGCAAAAAUACGAAGACCGCAGCAGGUCUUGACAGUGAUAUUUAA